UUGCCUCAGCCACAGUACUACGGCAAUACCAAGGCCGCCAAGGAGGACUACUGCGACAUGGUGUUAUCUCGUCACCCGAAGGUGGAUGACCCCUUGAGCAUUCCGAUCGACGAGGAGUCGUUGGUCCUGUCGGGGCGCGGGCGUCCGCAUGGCCGUUACCCCUUUCUGAAUAAGGCGGUCAAGCCUACCCCAGCCACGAGCUACACGCGUCUCAAGCAUACCCUCACCGCCGACAGCCCCCAGCCUCGUCCACGGCCUGCUCGUCCACCCGCCUACGAUCCUGAGUUCGAGGCGGCCUUCGAAGCCUGCAAUGAAGCGUAUCAGCAGGCUGCUGCCCAGUGGAAUAGGCAGAAUACGGCCUACAUGGCGUAUAUAGGAGUAAGUCUGAAUCUUUCUUCUCGCAAGUAGAUGACAAGUCUCAGUUUGAUGCUUUAUUUCUGCAAAGCCUAACUUGUAACCUAUCUUGCAGGAAAUGAUGAUUUCUAUGUCUACUGGUACAUCGCCACCGGCUCGAGUUACCGUGGCGGGGGACAUGCCUAUCAUGCCAUCGAGGGCAGCUUUCGCUGCGACUUACUACGGAUUCACACCGGAGGUAAGUUCUUUGCCAAACCGGUAGUUACCACUUUCCUUUGCCUCGCAAGUUGCUAACAUGUAGGGAACACGUAGGGAAUGGGAUGC